AUGGAUCAAGACCUCUCCCUGAUGAAACAGUUGCUUAUUUUAAAUGAAGCCAUCGAAGACCUGAAAGUGCAGCGUGGAUAUUUAUCCAGUCGCGGAUCACUUCCCUCAAGCUCUUGCGAUCUCAGCGAAAGCCAGUGGUCAGUGUCCGAAACGGAGAUGUUUGAGUCGGAAAACGAACUGACCAAUAAAUACCCUUCUCCGUCCACCUUAUCGUUGAACAAUGAAGACAAAACCAAAAUAACCAGCGACUUCGACGACAUCAUCAACGAGGCCAAUGAAAAGUUGUGCAUCACCAAGAAACUUUUCGACAAGAAGUCCACGCCUUCUUCCCAAGUCACCGGCGACAAGAAGAACAAUGCCAUCCUGGACAACAACAAGAACAUAUUUGUUGAAAACGAUUUCAACGCUUCGAAACGGGCCAGACACGAAGAGCAGAAUUCUUUCGAUUCGGGGAUCCACGAACCCCAUUACGUUGAUUCGGUCUAA